CGCACACCCCCAGCCGCUGCCGCCGCGGCGCCUACAAAGGCUGCGCUCUGGGGCUGCGCUCAUUACGCGCCUGCCUCUCUCGGUCUGCUCUGCUGCCUGCGUGCGCCCUCGCCAGCCCCGCAGUCAGGCCCGGAGGCAGCCGCCCGAGCCCGGCCCGCCCUCCCUCCCCGCCGCUGCAUGCCCGCCCGGUGCCGCCGGGCCCCGCUUCUCAGCAGCCGGCUUCCCCAGGGGCGCCCGGCUUCCUCCCGCGGACUGAGCUAGCCAGCAGGGCUCUCCUCCUCCUCGCCGCCGCCUCCUCGCCUGGUCUUGCGAAGAGCUCCCUCGCCGCCGCCGCCGCCACCGCCCGCUGCAGCCGCCUCGAGUCCCGCCGGCGAUGGAGCCCUUCCGAGCGGACUCGCCGCAGCCUUCCCGCGAAGCCCGGCGACAGCUGGAGCUGCUGGGGCUGCCUGGCCACCCGCGCCACUCCGGCGGCGUGAGGCCGCUCUCCCCCGCGGCGACCCUGUCUCCAGUCACCCACUUGGCCUUGGACAUGAUGACCAACCUGGUCGGGCUGGGGAGUGACUGUGACACUCCCAAAAGGAGAAAGAAGCUGGGCAUGGACUUAAAGGGGGCGUGGACCUCGCAGGAUUCAGUCUCGUCGGAGUCAUCGCAGGAUUCGAUGGAGUCUGCUGAUUCAGGAGUUAGUCCGGAUUCUCCCAUGGAGGCAGACCUGGAUGUUGAUGAAGAUGUAUUUGAACAAGCACUGUUGAAAUCUCAGAGAGUCUUCAGAAAUCAAUUGCUUCCCAUCAGAAGAAUUCAGUCCCUCCCAAUGAGACUUCUAGGAGCCAGUCCUACACUGAGAAACAUCUCUAACUGCAAGGAAUUCAACAGCCCCGUGGGCGAGAGGGCCUUUGGGCUCAAAGGGGACGCUGAAAAUGAAGGCAGUGUCUUCAAGAAACCCCUGCGACCUACAAGCAGGCUGGGCUCCUCCAGUGGGGCUGGCGGGAAGGACCCCUUUGCACAGAGACCAAACUCUGCUCCAGACCUCAUGUAUCACAGCCCCCAGAAGGAGAACAUAGGCCCGGGUUCCCCGGGCCCCAUCCACUUGCACAGCUCAUCCUUGACCACCUCUGCGGCUGAUGAAGAUGAUGGGUUUCUGGAGAUUCUGGAUGAAGAUGGACUGAAGGGUGACACGCCUGUCCCAUUGGGUAUGGAGAACCUGCUGAUGGCUCCGCUGGUGAACAAGGAAGAGGAGGCUGGCUUGAGCUCUGUGGGGACCAGCAAAUGCCGCUGCCUGUUCCGCUCGCCGUCCGUGCCCAGCUCGGUCAUCCGGCCGAUCCUGAAGCGAAUGGACCGGCCCCAGGACAGAGAGACGCCCGUGAAGCCCAAGAGGCGGAGGAGCUUGGCUGGUGGCAGCAGUCUAGCUGAGAAGGUGGACGAACCGAAGCCACGGCUGCUGCGCUCCAAAUCCUGCUGUCCCAUUGAAAUUGCAAACAUCUUGGACAAUGACCACAGGGAGCUGAUUGGAGACUUCUCGAAGGCUUUUGUUCUGCAGACGGUGGACGGGAAACAUCAGGAUCUCAAAUACAUCUCUCCUGAAAUGAUGGUGGCAGUGUUGACUGGUCAGUUCAGCAGCCUCAUUGAAAACUGUGUGAUUGUGGACUGCAGAUAUCCCUAUGAAUAUGAAGGAGGCCACAUCAAGGGUGCUGUUAACCUCCCCCUGGAGAAAGACGUGGAGGAGUUCCUUCUCAGAAAGCCAAUUGUGCCGCUCGAUGCGGCCAAGAGGGUCAUCGUCAUCUUCCACUGCGAGUUCUCCUCAGAGAGGGGCCCUAGGAUGUGUCGCUUUGUCAGGGAAAAGGACCGAGCCUCCAAUGAUUACCCUUCCCUGCACUAUCCUGAGUUGUACGUCCUGAAAGGAGGCUAUAAAGAAUUCUUCCCACAAUAUCAAGCCCAUUGUGAACCUCAGAACUACCGUCCCAUGCACCACCAGGACUUCAAGGAGGACCUGCGCCGAUUCCGCCUCAAAAGCCGCACCUGGGCUGGAGAGAAGAGCAAGCGUGAGCUCUACAGCCGCGUCAAGAACUGCUAGGAGGUGGAGGCGGGCAUUGGGGCGGGGGGGGGGAGGUGGGGGCAACAUGUUUUGGGAAGAGUCUUGAUGGGGCAACAGCUGUAUACAUCAAGGAGAGAGGUUUGGGCUGCACAUUCGCCAUCCUCUUCUACUGCGCUAGUUCCAUUUUCUUUUGGAGACUUUGAGUUUCUUGAAAACGAUUCGAGAGGAGACACAACUGCUUGCCCUGCCAUGGACAAACUGAUGACAAUGAUACCUCUGGCUCCAGCAGGCUGGGACCCCAUGUGAUGCUGUGAAUCUUCCUCGGUGGCGUUUGUCUCCUGGAACAGCUGAUCUGAUCUAGGCUCCUCUUCUUGGGGGUUUUAGAUGGUCCUUGGAAACCAGAACCGAUCCUUCAUUCCUUUGGAAGGGUUUGUCCGGGGAGAUGCCACAUGUGACCAGAGUUGGGAGAACCUUCUCUUCUUGUGCCUUUCUUCACGGAAGAGAGAAAUAGGCAGCUAUUGGGAACGUCCACUUAAACCACAAGAACAAUCCAGCUGGUGUGCGAACUGCUUCACUGCUUGUAUGUGUGGUCAUGUCGCCUUCAGUCCCUUAUGAAAGUGAGCUAGAAUGUUUGCAGCCUGCCUGUAGGGUUUCUUUGUGCUGUGAUCCUUUGUCCAAUGCAGACAACUUCUUCACAGAAGAGAGGAAUAGGCAGCUAUUGGGAACGUCCACUUAUACCACAAGAUAUAAAUUCUGGAGAGUCUACUGGAACUAUGUAAACAAGAAUAUGCCAUGGUGGAGGGGAAGGUCCUUCUGUGUUUAAACUUGUGUACAGAAUCUAGUGCCUCAGAAGAUCUCUGGGGCGGAAUGUUAAUUGAUGGGGAUUCCCCAAGUUCAGGAGCAAAGAAAACCCUUUUUUUUAAAAAUCAGAUGCCCUUCAGAGUGAAGUCAGGUUGGAAAUAAUGAGCCUUUUCCAGGGGUGCAUUUUUAAUUUUGGCUUGGGGUUUGGAAGAUGUCUUUUGGAGUUGACACAUAAGUAGUCUUCCUCUGCCCUUUUGUUCUCCAGGAUCUAAAUUAACAAAAAAAGAACCCUGGAUUUUCAGCCCUUUUUGCUGUCUAAAUUAGAAUGGGUGCAAGAUCCAAGAUAAAUCUAGAGACCAGGUGUAUUGGGGUGAGCCCCCUUGUGCACCACUGAGGGAGGCUUGUGGAUGCCCUGUUGAGGGGGGUGGUCUGCCUGAAGCCAGGCUGUCUCCAUUUAUCCUUGAAAACAAGCCUGAAAGCUGCCUACUGGAUAACCAUGUUAGCCAGUGACUUGCAAAAGAAAAUGUCAAGGCCAGUAUGCACCUUACAGGCCAGGCUAAUUUUUGAAGUUGAAUUGUGAUACACUUAUGUUCCACCUCCACCCCCGGGUGUGUUAAUUCAGAAGACUCUCUUGGAGAAGAACUAGUAGAACUGAGACAGGAGCAUUAAGGCAGAGACCUAGUUCAUAGUUGAGCUGGUGACCAACCUGUCUGGGCUGUACCAGUUCAGAGAGUAGAUGGAGAAAUCUGCAGUGCUGGAUGAUGCCUCCAUUGAAAAGGGGUUCUUUCUGCACAGAAAACUGUUGGGGAAGAAGGGCUCUGCCAUAGUCUUCCCACUUUCUGUGUGGAGGGGAUUUUUUUUUUUGUAUGGAGAAGCACUCGGUGUCGUGAUCUGCCAUUUGAAGCAGUACCGCCCAGACACGGCUUGAGAAGUGUGUUGAGACCAGCUUGACUCUUAACACAUUUGCACAACAUUUCUCCUCAGUUCGGCUCUGCCUGUGAUCCAAGCCUUGUUCAGUUGCACACCCCAGACAAGGGGAGGGAGGGGAGAGAGCACUUAGAGCCUUUAAUUUGCACAAAAAUAACGGUGCCCCCUUGCAUGAUUGUGCACAGGAUGCAGGCAUCUUGCAGUGGGGAGGGGGUGCCACCUCUUCAUUCUAGGAGCAUCUGCAUUGGGAUGAAAGAGAAUACACCUGGUGUGCCCACUCCCAACUUGUACCUGAAAAGCACCUGGUGUAUCCUGUCCAAAGACCAAAACAAGAGUGCAUUUAAUUUUUAAGUGGGCAGAUAUGACCCCGGGGGGCAGUGAAAGCAAUUUUUCAGUUGCUGCAUAUUCAAUCCUAUGGCUGUGCCUUCUUGGCCGAUUUAGGAUUAGGGAAAAUAGAAUUAUUUGCAGCUUUUUAGAUCGACCUUUUCUUAAAAGGAAAACAUUUUUUAAAUAACCUUUCCUAUCAGACACAAUAUUUGGAUUCAGUGCCAAUAUGUAAGAAUGGAGCAGGUUUUAUAGUGAUAAUUUUUAAAAGCGAGACAAUAUUUCCUAAAGCAACCAUAUUCUUACCAAUCCUGCUUGAGCAUCCAUCUUUUCCAACCCUUGAGGUGGAUGCCUCAGGGCUAUGAAUCCGUCACGGAAGUGCCUUUUUUAUUUUAGUCUGCUUAUUUAUAGUGAGCCUAGAAUGCUGUGUGGAAAUUUGCAAAAAGUUCUAAGUGGGAUGAAGAGGGAAAUAUCUGAACGACAUUACAUUAUUUCAGACUUUGGGGUCUUUUGUGGGGGGAAAACUUAAAACUGUUUUGAUCAGGAAGGAUUAUAGGACACUAGUGGUUCUUGGAAUUGUAGGGGUGGGCGGGCAAGGAGCUUUGAGGACAUGAUGCUCUGUUCCAGGCUUUCCUAACUGGGUCUCCAGAUGUCACUGGACUACAACUCCCAUCAAUGGCCAAAAGCCAUUGUGGCUGGGAUGAUGGGAGUUGUAGUCCAGCAACAUCUGGAGACCCAAAGUUGGGAACUCCUGCCCUAUUUCUUGCCCACUGAGGAUGGGUAGACAUCCAGACCCUGUAUGAACCCCAACUCUGUCUCAUCCAUGUAAUCAACAGCUAUGCCACUGUGUGGCUUGACACCAUAUAUGCUGCAUGUAACCUGAAGGUGUUUGCCUGCCUUGUGCUCUCAUCUGGCAGGCUUGAGCUGUGUACAGAGACCUGUUUGUAUGCAUGACGGUUCCAUGGAUCUAGGUGCUAGGGAUCAGUAUGUAACCGCUUGAAUAAGUUGGACCAUGGUUGGUACAUCUCUGUGAAGCUUCAAUGCUACCUCAGGACAAGCGUCUCCUUUCUCGCCCCAGCCCCGGACAGCAUUACAUGUCAGCUUGUUGCUUUAAGUCGGGGGUUCCCAAUCCCGAGUCCCAGACGUUGGACUGUAACUGCCAUCUACUUUCGGCCAUUGUGGCUGGGGGUAAUGGGAGUUGCAGUUCAACAUGUGGGCACCCAAGGUGGGGAACCCUUAUGUAAUGUGCCUUCACCUUUUCCUGGAGGGAGCCAGGAUUCAUCCCUUCUAAUGUGAAUGCUGCACUGAGCUCACCCCAAUUCCUAGAUUAAAGAAAAGGGGGGAAGUGGAGGGUAAUUGGAUCCACAGAUUUAGCUUGAAAUUCAAGAGUUCCACUUUUUUGUCAUUUGACCAUGAGUCCUCUGAUCCAGCUCUACCUACACCGGGGAGGGAAACGUGGGUAGGCAAUGCUUACCUUUGGAUGUGUUUCUGCCCUCUGCUCCAAAUCCAGCAGCAUUGUGGACACUGAAGUUGACUUCUGUGUGCAUGCUAAGGAUGUUGGGCUUGAAGCAUUUUAAAACUGUGAUAAUUGGGAAAAUAUGUCUGGAUGGAAGCUGGAUUGAUGUUGCCAGAUGGAGAAUAGCUUUAUAUGUUUGUACCCUUGUGCUGAUCAAAUGUACCAUGGUGGUUUACAUCUUAACAUGAAUUUACUUGCAAUGUAAAGAUGCCUUUUUGUGUUUGCUUCCUAUGCAGUGAUGUGUAAUCAGGGAGUGAAUAAACUGCUAGGUUGUGGAGAA